AUGGGCCAAGCCUGCGGCUGUCCUAGAGGUCCCGAACAACUCCCCGCCGACCAGACGCCACCACCGCCUCCAGCUCAGGACGAGGAGCUUCAUGGACCUCCACAACAAAAGUUGCCAAAGGCACCCACCGAGCCACCCCAUCUCGAUGACAUCGACGAGGUCCCCUCCGUCACCGCUCCAGACGAAGGAGCCAAAUCCCCAUCGAGCCCGGCAACGAGUCCGAGCCCGACACACGACCUCUCAGGCGACAGGCGAGUGACGGUCCCCCAGAUCAACGCCCCCACGCCGCACCGCCUCAGCUCGGACCGCCAAGUCUCCAUCACCACGCCGGCAGUCCUCAUCCACCGCCUUUCCUCAGACAACGCCGCCGCCGCGGAGCCAGAGCCGGCGUCGCCGUCGAGCGUCGAUUUCUCAGGCCACGCCUUGCUCGACGACAAGCUCGUCACCUUCGCCAGGCCCGUCUCGCCCGCGCACGACCUGCGAGACGACGCGCGGGUGCCCAUCUAUCACACGACCGUCCGCCAGCCGCACCUGCUGUCAGCCGACGCCUCGCUGCCGUUCCCGCGGUCUGUGUCCCCGGCGCACAACCUGCGAGACGACUCGUUCGUGGUGAACCCGGUCCGGCGGGGGCCGACGCCUCACCAGCUGUCCCACGACGCACGGGUAUCCGUCUCCGCACCCGCCACCCCGUCGCACGAGCUCUCCCGCGACAAGAGGAUAUCGAUGGCUGGCGAGCUCUCUUCCCAGCCUCACGGCAUAUCUGAAGAUGUCCGCGUGUCUGUCAGUCCGAUGGGAAUUAUGCCACAUUAUCUCAAACUGGAUCCGGUAGUGACAGUUGCCGGUUUGAGGCGGUCCAAAUCAUCUUCAUCCCAACCGGCUGGGGUUAGGAGUGACGAAGAUGUCCCGAACCAUGGAGGUGCUGCAUCUGUAAUAUGA